AUGUCGCAGGCGGAGGCCGACGACGGCCCGCGCGAGGCCGACACGCUGCGCGUGCUGCUGUCCUCGGACAACCACCUGGGCUACGCGGAGAAGGACCCGGUGCGCGGCAACGACUCGUUCCGCUCGUUCCGCGAGAUCCUGCAGCUGGCGCAGCGCGAGCGCGUGGACCUGCUGCUGCUGGGCGGCGACCUGUUCCACGAGAACAAGCCGAGCCGCCGCACCGUCUACGAGACCAUGCGCCUGCUGCGCACGCACUGCAUGGGCGACUGCGCCGUGCACUUCCAGGUGGUGAGCGACCAGAGCCUCAACUUCCCCAACUUCGGCGUCGUCAACUUCGAGGACCCCAACUACAACGUCGAGCUGCCGGUCUUCAGCAUCCACGGCAACCACGACGACCCGUCGCGCGAAGGCGGCGGCGACCACUCGCAGUCGCUGGCGGCGCUGGACCUGCUGAGCGCUGCGAACUUAGUGAAUUACUUCGGCAAGAGCGACAAGGUGGACGAGGUCGAGGUGUUCCCCGUGCUCAUGACCAAGGGCAACACGCGCGUGGCCGUCUACGGCCUGGGCAACAUGCGCGACGAGAGGCUCAACAGGAUGUUCGCGCAGCAGAAGGUGGUGUUCCGACGGCCGGCCGAGCACGCGGACGAGUGGUUCAGUAUCUUUGUGCUGCAUCAAAACAGGGACGACAAAGGACGCGGCAGCAAGAACUGCGUGCCCGAGAGUGUGAUCCCGGACUUUAUUGACUUGGUGGUCUGGGGCCACGAGCAUGAGUGUCAGAUUGACGUUCAGGAGAGCUUGAAGGGGGAUUUCUUCAUCACGCAGCCAGGCUCGUCGGUGGCGACGUCGCUCGUGGAGGGGGAGGCCAAGACGAAGCACAUUGCUGUGCUGGAGAUCAACGGACAGAGCUUUAGGAUGAACACGCGAGAGCUGCAUACUGUGCGGCCGUUCAAGAUGGGCGAGGUGAUUCUUGGGGAGAUUGAGGAGCUGGACCCGAACGACCCGGAUGUGGCGGACCGUAUUAGAGAGUAUCUGGAGGGACGAGUGAUGGAGCUACUGCAUGAGGCUGAAUUGGAGCAGGAAGUGAAGAGGAGAGAGCGAGCGAGGGAGCGUGAGCAGAGGCAGCAGGAGAGCCCGUUCCCGCUCCCGGAUAUUGGGAAUGGAGCUGAAGAAGAAAAGGACCUGGUGCUCAUCCGUCUGCGCGUGGAACACACGGGCUUCCAGGUGUUAGUGAACCAGCGAUUUGGAGCCAAGUUUGUGGGGAAGGUGGCCAACCCCAACGAUAUAUUGCUGUUCUACCGCCGGAAGAAUGAUCGGAUUAAUGCAUCGGACAAGAAAGCCAGCGCGGAGUUGGAGAAGUCGCUGCUGGGCCGCCCUGUGCGCCCCACUCCGUUGGCUGCUGUGACGAUUGAAGAUAUCUUGAGCAAGCAGCUGUGUGUGCCUGAACGCAAGUUAGUGUUGCUCCCCGAAGCACAACUUGAAAUCGCACUGGAAAAGUUUACGUUGAAGAACAAUGCGUCGGCCAUUCAGGAGUUUGUGGACAGCGUGCUAGACGAGACCCAGCGCGAACUCAGCGCCAAGAGCGAUGCCAAGUCUGCUCAGGAUAUUCUCACCGUUGUUGGCAAAAAGAAGGAGCAGAAGGACGCUUUGCUCGCACUGCAGAAAGAGGAGGAAGAUGAACAGUCCGCGAACGGCCCAGCAGCAGCCGGCACUCCAUCAGCUGACGGGUUUCAGUCCAGGCGAACUACUCUGGAAGACGAGAGCUCGACUAAAUCCCCUAAAAGCGGUCGCUUCGGGACACCGAGAACUUCGAAAGCGAAGAAGGCAGCGCCAAAGAAGCCCGUUAGGAAGUCUGUCUUUUCAGACCUCGAAGAAGACAGUGAUGAGAGCCAACGCAAGCGGAAACCCGCGGUUCGAAAGACUACCCCUCGGAAAGCUCCUGCUCGCUCAGCAAGAGCCAAGGCACGCAAGACUGUGCUCUCCGACGACGAUUUUGAAGAUGAGGUCGCCGCCACAGCUGAAGAUGACGGAGACGAAGAUUUUAAGAUGGACGAAGACGACGAUGAGGAGGAGGAUAUGACUCCGCGGCCGACAGCGAAACCUCGUGGUAGGGCUGCUCCCAGGUCGACGAAAGCCAAGAAAUCGCCGCCGAACCGUAAGAGGCUUCGCAAGAGCAAUGAUGACGACGAUGAAGAUGAAGAUGAUGACUUUUCUCCCGCGCCCACCAAGAGAAGCGCGCCUGCUGCAGCCAAGCGUCCAGCAGCGCGUGAAUCUCAAGCGAGCGAUGUGCUUGAUCUGUGCUCGGACUCGGAACCGGAACAACCGGCACCGAAGAAACGUGCCAAGCAGACGAAGACACAGACGAAGAUUUCUCAGCAGCACAAGAUCGAUCACCUGUUCAAGAAGCAGCAGCCGAAAAGAGAAGAGGACGACCAGGUCGAAAGUGAUCACGAGUUCACCCAGGUUGCUCGGCAGGCAGGCGCACGUGGUCAAGACAUUGUUGGGCAGUCGCAAUCGCAGUCCGAGUCACAGGCUGGUGGAGGUACGCGACGCAAACUUCCGCUAUCGAUGAUUGCAGCCUCCCAAUCUCAGUCCCAAGACCCGAAGCGAGCUGGAGGUGUCGCCCCCGCCGCUCGUAAAGGUUGGGGCCGCUCUCGUCGCUAG